AUGGCCAUCGCAAUCACACCCUUUUCCGGAUUCUGCAACUUCCGCCCGCUAUCCGAAAUAUCCACUUUUUUGUCCGCCGUUCCCGAGUUCGCCUCGUUGAUACCCGAAAAAGCCGCGUCCGCCUUGUCUUCUUCCCCCUCGGAUCCGAAAUCUACACUCAGAGACGUAUUUGGCGCACUGAUGUCAGCACCCUCUGACCAAGUCCAAUCCGCCCUCGAUCAACUUGUCAAACGAUACGAAUCCGGCGGCGCCACAUCCGCCGAAUCCCAAGUCGCCGAUCUUGCCCAGACUCUGGCUAAACAGUAUCCAGGCGACGUGGGCGUAUUCUGCGUGUUUUUGCUCAAUGUCGUCAAGUUGAACGAGGGCGAGGCCAUGUUCUUGCAAGCGGAUGAGCCACAUGCGUAUAUUUCAGGUGAUAUCAUUGAAUGCAUGGCCACGUCUGACAAUGUCGUACGGGCCGGAUUGACGCCCAAAUUGAGAGACGUACCCACCCUCGUAUCAAUGUUGACCUACAAUUCGGGCCCAGCCGAUGCCCAGCGUAUGGAACCAAAACCAUUCAAGGGAGAAUCAAGUGACUCGGACUCUUUCACGACCCUGUACGACCCGCCGAUCCCUGAGUUUUCAGUUCUCUUGACGGACAUACCGGCGGGAAAGAAAGCCUCUCACCGAGCUUUGGAAGGACCGAGCAUCUUUAUUGUCACUAGCGGAAGCGGAAAUGUCUCAGGCCAAGAGAUCAAGUCCGAGGGAGAAGUGUGGUUUGCGGGUGCAGGGCAGAGUCUCGAAUUCACAGCGGGAGACCAAGGAUUAGUCCUUUAUCGCGCUUUCGUCGAGGUCUCAUAG